AUGACAAGAGGUCAAUUGAUUUUAAUAGAGGGUUUAGAUAGAACUGGAAAAACAACACAAACUGAAAUCCUAUGCAAAAAAUUACAACCAAAAGUGGAAUUAAUCAAAUACCCUAAAAGAGACACUCCAAUUGGGAAAAUAAUCAAUGAAUAUUUGACUAAUCUAGAUUAUUCGCUACCUAAUCAAUCUAUUCAUCUAUUAUUCUCUGCUAAUAGAUGGGAACUAAUGGAUCAUAUUAUCUCAUUAUUGAAAGAGGGAAAGAAUGUGAUCCUCGAUCGAUAUGUGUAUUCUGGAGUAGCCUAUUCUGCAGCCAAGGAAACACCAAGGAUGGAUUGGCAAUGGUGUCUUUCUCCUGACAAAGGGCUAUUAAGACCAGAUUUGACAAUAUUUUUAACUCAAGAUGAUUUAACAAGACAAUCUGAUAGAAAUGGAUUUGGUGAUGAAAGAUAUGAGAUUAGUAGCUUUCAACAAAAAGUUAAAUCACAAUUUGAAUCAUUAUUUAGAAAUAUUAGUGAUUCAAAUGAAGUUAAAUUACUUAAUGUUAGUGGAAAGUCAAUUGAAGAAGUAGAAACACUGGUAUGGGAACAAGUUGAAUUGUUAUUAAAACAACCAAACCAAGAAUUCAAAUAUUUUUAA